GCUUUAGCAGCCAGAGAUCAUCGGGACUGUCGGCGGCCAGGUGGACUCGCUGUCGGGAGGUUACCUCGUAGUAGGCCACGACGAGGUCUGGAGGCUCGCUCGGCUCCCGCCGAAUGGCCGCUUCCGCGAUUAUCAUCGGAAAUGUUACAAAGUAUCGUCGCACAUUUAUCAGUAUGAUCGUCAUGCAAAGGUGAGAUUCCACUCGAGCGGUAAACAUUUGAUAAUAAUGGCAUCGCAUUAUGCAAUUGUGGUGAUAAUGGCGUUCGCUACAAUAAUCAAUUCCUGCUAUGCCGAGUGUCAAACGAGGUCUGUUUAUUGCUAUGAGUGCGAUUCCUGGACAGAUUUACGAUGUAAAGAUCCAUUUAAUUAUACGGCGCUGCCGAGGGAUCAACCACCACUGAUGACUUGCAACGGAUGUUGCGUAAAAAUGGUGCGAAAUGCGAAAUCACCCUAUGAGAGCGUCCGGAGAACGUGCACGUCGCAACUGCAGAUAAACUUAUUCAUGGUGGACCACGUGUGCAUGAUGGAAAGUACCGGCACUGGUCACAUGUGCUUCUGUGAGGAAGAUAUGUGCAAUCGUGUCUCCUCAUUCCUAUUUACGAACUCCGUUAUCUCUUACCUCAUAGCAACGAUCCUCACUCUCCAUUCCGUCCUUAGAUUUCCCAACUUGCUUUGUAGCUCGCUGUGAUGAAUAUCAUUUUGUCACUAAAUACUCUUUUAUUAUCAAAUCUAAUUCCUAAGUAGAUAAUUCUUUCAUUAUUAAAAUAUUCCAGCAUAUAUUUCGAUUUGCUCAAAUGCGAGAAUAAUCGAGUCGGCAAUGUCCCUGGGGAGGGGGAAAUUUGCUCAAAAAUUUUUAAAAUUCAAUGAGACUUUAUGAUUGUGAUAUGUACGUUGUAAUAGAAAAGUCUUCCUUUUAAAUUAAUCGAUAAUUUGCAAAAGGAUAUUAG